AUGAGUGCUUCGGAAAUCGGAAAAGUUCUCCAUACACUUGAGUCACUCAGCCUUGGUCUCACCGCAAAUGCCUUAAAACAAGAAGCUAGCCAAAAAGGAAUCACGAUUCCGUUUGUUACUCCACAGGUCAUCGCCGACCUAAAACAAAACUUUCUCAACGGCGAUGAACAAAAUUUCCUUGUUAUUUGGAAUGAAGCUGGAAUCGUGGAUCACGACUUGUCAUUCUUCUUGUCCAUAUAUUUUGCCUUCUUUCCAGUCUUCGAACAAGUUCAAGCCAAUACUGCCAAAGAGGACGAUGUAAAAUCUUGUCAAAAGGAGUUCGUCAAGAAAAUCAUGGACAUUGAUGAUGAGCGAAUGCCAGAAAGCGAAGAGGCACAGCUCUACUUCGCCCUGGGGCAAGUGCCAAAGCCACACUUGCGGCGACAAUUCGCACACAUCUUUCAAGUCAACUGGAGCACAGAUUUACUGUCUAAAUGCAUCGCGAAAAUGAAGACUCUUUUACCAUCGACGACGUCAAAUGACACGCGAAAAUUGGAGCGUCUGAAGAACGAAUACGACCGACUCAGCUACAGCUCCAGUCAGCAGCAAACUGCAUUACUCUCUGGAUAUGCUCCAAGUCCCGAUCCAAUCUUCAAGCAGCCUUAUCCCGUCGCUCCACCAGCGCAGUCAAAGUCAGGCUUAACCUACGAUUACGAUGCAAUCAAGAAAGAGUGUCUUCAAAAUGGCCGCCUCUAUCAGAACCUGAGAGUCAAGCUGACUCAGUUUUGUAAUACCUACGAGGAGCGACAGAACUUCUUCAAAGAAUACAUCCUUGCCGAUGUGUUAGGCUGCACCAACUCUUCAGGUGACUUUCACAAGCGUGUCCUUCGAUCCCUCGCCCCUCCAACACCUCUUGCAAUUCGUCAAUCUGUCCAGCGCUUCGUUAAUACGUUAGCAAGUGUAUUCAUCGGUCGCAAAUAUCUAUCACUUUCGACCGAACUUGUCCCUACACUGAUUAACGCUUUGAUCCUCGAAGAUGAUCCUGUUUCCAGGCCGCAUUUACUAGCUGGUCGCUGGUCCCUAGCUGGAGACGCUGAGAACGUCUUGCGCGUUUUGUCCGACCUUCUCAGUCAUGAUAAUGAGUCGCUGAAGUCGUAUCUGAAUGGGACGCUUUUCUCGGUGCUCUUCAUUCAAAGCUUCAAGGAAAAAGCGAAUCAGAUUGGAUUGAAACAGAUUAUCGACUCGUUUAUGAGAGGAGAUCAUGCUCAUAAAACUCAACUGGAAUACAUCAGGAAGCAAAUCGACAAAGAGCCUGAAAGCGCGGAUCAAGACUCCGACGAUGAAGAAGGUGACGACGAUGACGAAGAAGAUGGCGACUCCCUCGAGGCCGAUUUGGACGUAGAAGAUGUUUUUCCAAGUCAGAAUAUCGACGUGUUGCAAACUUAUCUUAUCGCGAAUCGAGCGAACGCGAAUAAUCAGCCACGCAAGGAGGAAAUGUUCCGGCCAGGAACUCCCGGCGCGCGGGCCAAUCGUGAACGGUAUAACGACCGAGUAUUGAGCUCCAGUAGCACAGAGCCGUUUAGUGACGAAAUUAGGGAAAGUGGCAGCGUGUCAUCUGGCCGUGCGUCGUCGAGGCCGGCUGCUAGCCGCGAUCAGACCCGCUUGAAAGAGCAGGAUCAGCCUCCAGAUGCUAGCUAUAUGGCCGCCUUUGGAUUGAUGGACCACGACGAGGACGACAAUCGGGACCGACCAGGGAACAUCAACAAACGCAUCGACUUCUCGAAAGAAGUGCGCUGCCUCCUCUACGGCUUCGGCGACGACCCCAAUCCUUACACUGAAACUGUCAAUCUCGUUGAGGAGCUUGUCAUACAGUACAUACAGGACAUUACACGCUCGGCGAUCGAGUUUGGCAAGUCGGGAAAGAUCAACCUCGAAGCUCUUGCUUACGUCAUCAGAAACGACAAGAGAAAAGCAACUCGAGCGAAGGAACUAAUCUAUCUCGACCAAGAAAUCAAAAAGGCGCGAAAAGGCUUCGACGACAAUGGCCACAUGGUCGACGAUGGGGAGAGCAAAUUUAUCGACAUAGAAAUUCCCGCUCACCAGGCGGGUUUCCACUCUUUCUCGUGCAACCUGGCUGCCAAUUCUGUUCUCCUUCCCUUUCACAUUCGCUACCAGCCCGCUGGCCCGCACUCAAGCAGCGAGAUUCUCAUCCCCUCGCCAGAAGUCAACUUUAUCCAGCCAAACGGCGAAAUCGAAACCGAAUACGGAGAUCCGUUCUACUUGACCAUCCCCGUCGCCAAUACGAAGCACCUCUUUCUCGUCAAUUUUUCCACUCUCUUUGCAGCUGUUUUCGGCGCUUUGUACCUUGCCCGUGAAAUUCUCAGAAAGUGA